AUGGUACGCCAGGUCGGUAUCGGAGAAGUAUACCUCCGCAUCAUGCACGAAGCCUCCCAAGGCGGCGGCAGUGCCGAGCCAGCGAUGCCCGAUCUCCCCGACAUACCGGAGACACCUGUGGAGGAGAAGCCCAAGCCCGAGCAACCACAGGCCAAGGAGACUAGGAAGACCGAGGCGUGA